AUGGCUGACCCUCUCUCCAUCGCGGGGUUGGCCUUGGCCGUGGUAUCGCUGGGCCUCCAAGUCACAGUGAGCAUCACGGAUUACUUUGACUCUCUCAAUUCCCGCGACCAUGACAUUGCCUCGAUAAGACAGCAGAACGAAACGCUAAGGAAGACACUCCAAGUUAUCGAAAUAUCAAUCUCCCGAUUUCAGAACGACCACAGAACCGCAACAGAGGCAUUACGUGAAUGCUUGAACUCGUGUAAAGAGCAGUUGAAGGCUUUGGAGAAUAUCGUAGCUGAGCUCAUUACGUGCGACCAAAGCACAACUGGUCGAAAGAAUAGGGCUCGGAACCAGGGCAAAAAGCUGUUCUAUCCGUUCCAUCGCCCAAAGCUCGAACAACUUGCAACAAAACUACAUCACAUCAAUGCGACUCUUCAGUUAGGAUUGCAAAGUCUAGGACUGUCUGUAUCACAGUUGGGGUCUGAGAAGCUAGCCACGCUCCAGGCGACUUCGCAGACUAUCUCUACCGGCCUCCUAACUGUUCAGGCUGAGGGUUCCUCUAUAAGCACUCCAAUUCAAGGCAUACAAAGCACUGUAUCCCAAUUUGAGACGCGCUUUGACGGCCUUGAGAACCUACUCAAACAGCUGCUGGUCCAAGGCUCGGCCAUCAACGGAACACUGCAAGAAAUCACUCCUUCAAUGGUGACCGGACGGCUUCUUAGGAAGCCAGCAAUAUUACAAGAGAUGUGUAACGCUGUCAAGACUCAAGCGCGGCAUAGGUCAAACGGGACUCAACUAGUGCCAUCUAAAAGCACAACACAAGUCAGAAGAGCUGCAUCGACCUAUACUGGAGGCCGCUUCUCAUGCUUAUGUCGACACCGCCGACACCUCCAACGUAGGAAGGCUGCCUGGGGCUCCGUGAGCCUUUCUCACGAGACAACGACCGAACGGCAUGCACCCGGGUGUCCAGCGACAGAAGCAAUAUCGGAAAUAGAUCGAAGUAACAAAUUCGCUUUGACUUACGUUGGUCUACGGUCACUGCUCAACUCAGCUAUUCAGCUUUCAUUUACGGUUCGGUUGGGGGCAGGAGGGUUGAGCCUCGGCCCCAAUUUCACCUACUAUCCUAUUGUCGACUCAGAAUCUGCACCAGCUUUUAGAAUGCUCUUUCUAUUAAUACGCUCUAGAUAUUACUCAAAGGAUGGAUUUAUAAACGACGGCUUACUGGACGAUAGAGCAUGGCAGGAAGAGCUGGUCCCGUCUGUGGUCUCCUCAAUACUCAGUUUGUUUGGAGCUAAGCGAGCGUCCCCUCGAGCAGUCGACGACCAUAACCAGUCUCUAGUCUACCACGUGGCUAGAUGUGUGAGUUUUCACUAUGAUUCCUAUAGUUUAAGGCAAAGCCAGAGAUCUAGCCAGUCUAGCCCUCUACUUGAUCUUCUCGAGUACUUAGUUAUCAACAAGGCCCCAGCCAAUGACUACAAUACAGACGGCCGUACGCCGCUUAGUAUAUUGUUUUCGUUCUGUUCGUAUCAUAGUGUCACCUAUCCAAUACCUGCUGCCUCUGCAGACCUCAUCCUACGAUCAAACACCGAGGACACCCUGGCACAUCGAUUAUAUCCAGGUCAGGCAAGACUUGCGAUAAUUGUUAACGGAUCAGGGCAACAGAUCUCGGCAGAAGGCACAGCGGUUUUGCUCUAUUUUCUGUCUUGUUCAGCUAAAAUAGCUAAUGAAGUCAAAACUUUGGUAGCAAACCAUCCCAGCACCCUUUCCGAGCGAAAUCUUUUCGGGCAUACUCCACUCCACCUCGCUGCAAACAAGCCAUCAUUUUUGCGAGUUCUGGUAAAAGCCGCAGACACAGCACUCCUAAACCAGAUAGAUAGAUCCUAUUAUUCCGCAUUAGAACUCGCAGUCUCCCUCAGUGGGCUGAGCUGUAAAGAAGAUAUGCGAAUUUGUCGAAGAUGCGGAUGUGCCGAAUGCGCUGUUAUUCUCUUGAAAGCUGACUGCGCGAUCCCUGUAUCAUCACACCUACAGAGUGUACUCAGCAAUGCCUCUAAACGGUGCAAGCUGAGAUACGUGCGCUAUAUGAAAGAGCGCAGAGACAGACUGAAACAGCUUGCUCUAGAUAACCUGUCCAGAAAAGAUAUAGAGCAUUUAGGUCUAGGAUCGGAACAUGUUCUCGAUUCUAAUGCCUUCCAAGUCACUCGGCUUUUGCGAGAGAGUGAUAUUCCUGUCCCUGCAGCCCUUGCUAUCAUGGGAAACGGACGGUCUUCGGACCCAUUACCAGUUUACCGAGAACUCGACUCACCCAACGAUGCCGAUACGUUUUUCCGAGUUGGUUUCCGAGACACCGGGUCGUGGUACAGCGCUGAGGAAGAUGACGUGGGACUGGUGUUUAUCCCUCCUUGGGGACGUCUGCCAUAUCUGCGUUGGUUAACCAAACAUGGAGGCAUCUCCUGUCAGCUCCCCUUUUCAUCAGGCAAGGAUAUCUUCGGAAGUCGUUGUAUAUUCGCGGCCAUUGGUAAUGGCAUCAAGAAUUCCUGGACAAGAAGCUGCUUCAGAUUCAACCACUCCGAGGAAUUUAGCAGUAGCAAUUCGCUACUAGCACCCCCUGCACCGGAUCCGGAGAUAGCUUGGCUCCACGAAGUCCACACUGCAGUAUUUGCUGCUGACAUUGCGGAUGCAUGCCGUUGCCAAUGUUCUCCGGGGGGCUGCACUAUGCUAACGUUCUUAUUAAGAGAGUUAGUCCCUGACUAUGAUUUUGAAUAUGAGCCAAGACGCUUUCUACAUGACACAGACGACUUGGAAAACAGCACGCUGAAUAGCACUGGGUCUUCAGAAGGCAGUGUUAUAGACGGAAACCCCCUAUUGGAUCUGAUCGAUGGAUUAAUCAUAUAUCUCAGGCAUUUUUCCCGCCAUCUCCAAGUAUGGCAUCACUAUGCCACCCUUCGGUACAUCACCUAUACUGCUUUAGGAAUCUGCCAUUCUUGUUGUGAAAUCAACCAUCAGAAUCGCAUAUUUGAGGAUGAUCUUAAUAGUCUUGAGGAUGGGCUUGAAGAUGAUCAACGACAUAAGCUGGCGCUACUUGGGGAUCUCUUGAAUGAAUUCGAGGAAAACAUCACUUCCAUCCUCGAAGAUCCAGACAGAGGGAUUCACGAUCUUAUUGACUUCUGGAAACGGACUUGGGUAGGCCGCAUGAGUGAGGUUCUAUAUCGUCUUGAAGGGAGCGAUUUGCCAGAGGAUGAGAGACGUGGAGCUGAGGAGAUUGGAGUGGUAUGGGAUAAAGUAGGACCUGAACCACCUGGAGAGAUGGCGAAUCCCUAUCGGAGCACAAUGAUAGAAUUCUGGAUGUAUGAGCUGAGAAAGAUUGAAGAAGAAUGCCAAUGA